AUGCCUGGACACCUCGGUCAGAAGAUUCUGUCAAAGAUUGGUCUAGAUGACCAUAAAGGCCAUCACGGCCCCCCAUCUCAAGGGCAAGGCCCCCCGCUCCACGGCUCCCGCACCGUCAACGACGACGAGCGCCUCGUCUGCUCCCAGCCCCGCGGCACGUAUCCACGACUUGCGAAACUGUCCGACGGCAGCAUUCUCUCCGCAUUUACCUGCUUUGAUGGUCCAACGAGAAUCCUCCGCAUCGGCAAGAGCACAGAUGGCGGCCGUCAUUUUGAGGAUUUCUCCGAGGUGAGCCGCGGGGCCGGUGAUGUCGACAACAUGUACCUCCUAGAGGUAGCUCCCAAUACUGUUCUUGCGGCCUUUCGCAAUCACGACCUUGGCCCCAAUGGUCCGACCCAUUUCCGGAUUACGGUUUGCCGGUCUACCGACGGCGGGAAGAGCUGGCGGUUCCUGUCGCAGGCGGCGGAGAAGAGCCCGCCGCACGGUAUAUGGGAGCCGUUCAUGCGCAUGGGGCUACGUGGAGAGGUCAUGUUGACCUACUCCGAGGAGUUUGCGCACAAUAACCAGUGUACAAUGCUCGUGCGGUCAACGGAUGGAGGGGCCACCUGGAGUCCGCCCCAGUGUCUUCAUGGGAAGAAUGAUGCGUAUCGAGAUGGGAUGAAUGGGAUUGCGAGAACGUACGAUAAUGGGCGCGAGGCCCUGGUCAUGGUGUUUGAGACGACGACGUAUGGAACCUUCAACCUCGAGGCGCUCAUCUCCUACGACGAUGGUUACACAUGGGGUAACAGGCAUCAUGUGUAUGUGCCGCCGCGUGGUCAUAAUGCAGGGUCUCCGCAGGUGGCUUCCUUUGGUGAUGGCUCGCUCGCGGUGAUCUUCAUGACGGAUGAGGAUCAUUCUCAGGUGCAGUGGACGAAGAACGCAUCCAUCAAGGUUGUUUAUGCAGCGCCUCCGAACAAUGGUCAUAUUCAAUGGUCGCCUCCGACGGUAAUCUGUCCCCAUCUGAGCCACUGGCCUGGCAUCAUUACAUUAGACGACCGGACGCUGUUGGCGACGUAUGAAUGUGGCGGACCGAAGGUCAAGUCGAUCACUCUGCAGUGA